CAGCGCCGUUUGUGCCCCAAUCCGCUGCGCCGUCUGCCUGCGCGCUCCGGACGCGCUGCCGCACCACAGCAAGCAGGUGGUGAAAUGUCGCCUUAACUUAACGCGCUCUGCUACGCUAACAUGGGUCGACGAUGGACGCGAGACGACGUGCGAUGUCGAUGAGCGACCCGCCGGGACCGACUAGACCACAACCGCAGCAAUGAGCGCCUCCUUCCCCAAAUCUGAAUCCACGACCUCCUUGCUGAAAUCCUCCUCUGCGGCGAGGCGACCGACACACCUCCCAGAACGCGCAGCGGAGAGCCGGAGAAGUCAGCCGCAUACGCACCAGCACCACCACCGUCCCGCUGCGCUCCACAGCAACAGCAACGCCGACGAGUCCUUCUGGUCCGCCGAGGGCGAUGUCAGCGCCCGCAGACCCCUGUGCCACCCGUCCCUCGCCGGCGGGCAGGACAGUAGUAACAACGCAGCCCUUCGGGUCAAGGGUAAGUCGCGCGUCCCCCACAGCCAAGUUCCUGACCCGCCGGAGCCAAACGGCGAGGUGGACCGAGGCGUGAAGGAGCGCUGCAGGUCAUCCAAGCCCGCGCACCGGCACCACCACCGCAGGAAGCAUAACCGGGAGGACCGUGCACUGGCAGCGCAGCCGCCUGCACCGGAGCAUCCCGGUCGCUGCCCAACGCACGGCCGACCGGUCCCCAGGGUGCCGUCCCCGUCGGACAGCAACGACGACAGGACGCCCCUCUGUGAGCCGAGGGACCAUAGAGGGGUCGGUCUGGCUGAUACCGGCGGUCAGGUCGACAGUCCGUCCCCGUCCACCUGCUCCCCGGUGCCGCUGUCCAGUAGGUCCUCUCACCGCUCCCGGAGGUCCAGUGCUGCUUCCUCCGCGUCUGACGUCAACACACGCACUAUCCUCAAUUCACUGUUUGGGCAGGACAGAGAGCUGCGUCCAGAGGAAAUGGAUGAGUUGCGGGACGCUUUCAAAGAGUUUGACAAGGACAAGGAUGGUUUCAUCAGCUGUAAAGACCUUGGAAAUUGUAUGAGAACUAUGGGAUACAUGCCCACUGAAAUGGAGCUGAUUGAACUGAGUCAACAGAUAAACAUGAACUUGGGAGGUCAUGUUGAUUUUGAGGAUUUUGUAGAGUUGAUGGGCCCCAAACUCCUCGCCGAAACGGCCGACAUGAUUGGAAUAAAAGAGUUGAAAGACGCGUUUAGAGAGUUUGACACUAAUGGAGAUGGUGCCAUAAGCACAUCUGAGCUCCGAGAUGCGAUGAGGAAAUUAUUGGGCCAGCAGGUGGGUCUGAAGGAAGUAGAAGAUAUCCUGAGGGAUGUUGACCUGAAUGGUGACGGCCUUGUCGACUUUGAAGAAUUUGUUCGAAUGAUGUCUCGCUAAGAUCAUGAAAUGAGCGGUUCUGAAUGUGAAGCUGUGUCCUUCUCCAUACUUGACCAAGAACAACAGAGGACAGGCUUAGAUCUCUGAGCUAUUCGAUUCUGAAUAACACUGGAAUUAAAACUCCUCGAAUGUUGUGGAGCAAGGAGUCACCCCACACUUUCAAUCAGUGUUCAAGUGUUCUUCCUGAAAAGUCUCCAGUUCAACUGAGGCCAAAUUAGCUGUAGCCUAGCUGGUGAUUGUCCAACUUGUGUUUUUGCACUUUAAUUCUCACUAAAUAACUGUGCGGAUACAUUGCUGGUGUGUCUUCUCAUCUUCUACGUGGGGAAAAAAUAGGUCUUGCAAAAUGUUGCAACAAAGUCAGGAUGUGAGAGGGGAUUCCUGUAGAAAAUAUGUAAAAGAUCAGUCCACUGUUCAAGUUAUGUUUUCACACAGUAUGUGUUGUAUUAGAAAUUGUAAGUGGAAUGUCAUUUGUGUGACAUCGGUGCUCCAACCAGGAACACAUGUGGCAAUAUAGCACCUGUAUUGUGGCUGUGUGACCAUCUGUGGUUUCUCACUGUGCAAGUCAAGUCCUAUAAAAAUGUCACUGUCAGACAAAAACAUGCAACAACGAAGCAGAUCUCUGAUAUUGAACUCUGAAACGCAUUUCAUGUAUGUUAUUCGCUACAAUAGAUCAGGGGUAUUGUUUGUUGCCUUUUCAAAGAUACCACGGUGGUAAGUAAGUGCUCACGGUUUGGAAUGUUUAAUGUAGCUUUUGGAACAAGUGAUCUUUUAAAAAACCCAUACUACCCCGUCUGAGAUCACACAGUAGGAAUGACGUAUGUGAACAGGACUUGUAGUGGAUGUGAUUGUGUCGUACCUGGACUGUUUGUCAGUGUCAAUAUGAUUGUAGUUGUGGUAACUUUCCACACCUCUGUGUUGUCGAAAGCAAUGUUCAUGCAUGCCAAAGAGAAAAUGUGUUAAAAUUCUGUAUGGAGAUUUGCAUUUUUGUCAAACAAGUAAAUAAAACAUUUCCAGAAGGUAAAAAUAUUUACAUUUGA